AUGGAGCUGCAGUGCGCUAACUGUAGAACGGGUAGUCAUUUAAGAAAAGAGUGUGUGACAUUGUCGGAUUCUGUGUGUGGAUGCGUGUGUGCAGGGAGGACGAUUAAGGUCGAGUGCUUUAUGGAUCCUUACCUCAGCGUAAGCUGCGAAAUCAGCAGCUUAUAUGUUUGUCGACGCCGUGCGCGCAGAAUCUCACGGUGACGCCCGUGGACAAUAUGGAUCCCGUUGCCCUACCGCCAUCACUCGCCAGAUUCGACCUGAAAUGCGUAUGAUGGCCACGAAAUGCGUAUGAAAUGCGUUGAGUCGGUUUGUGUCUUGUCAUUCAUCAGGUCUCAGCCAUCGUCAAGAGCGAAGAGAUCCUUCGCAAUGUCAGCCCUACCCAGAUAGCACCCAAUCUAAGAGAAGGGAAUCUUGCGCACGUGACUGUGCAUCAGUGUCCGGAUUUCUAUGCCCAUGAUGAUGUGAGCAACUUCGUUGCUCUAGACGAAGUUGCUCUAGAGGUUGACUUGUCAAGUGAGACGAAGUACUUGUUUUCCCGCUUUGACAAUUCCUUACUCACCGACAAAUUCUAUACGUGCCUCAAAAUACUCAGGUACGGACAAUACAGUGGAAGACAGAAACAGUACAUUUACUGGGACUGUGUGUGUGUGUGUGUGUGUUGUGAAUAGGAUGAGUGCUGAGCUGCAUGCGCGUAGACCAGCGAGUGCUGAUGUAAAUACGCGUACACGCACUCGGAGCGGUGGCGAGUGUUCUGUAAUGUGAUUUACUUCUGUAUGUCAGUCAUUUUCGUACCUAGAGCGAUUUAAUCCUAGUGGACGGCCUGCUGCCCUGUGUUGUACUGAACAGGCGUGUAACACAUGUGCACUUUUCUCGUGAGAUACAUGCCGACGCUGCACAUAGGCGGGAUGUUGUGUUAUAUCAGAGUUAGGUCAUUUUCCAUAUGCGUUCCUCCAUAUGUGUUUCUACGCCAGCUCUCACAAAUGCACCAGUAUCGGAGACAAGUAUUGCUCGUGUCACCCUGCGUCUGUCAGCUCCUCCUCCGCUCUCUGUCUGUGUCUCCCUGUGGGACAGGUUCGCCGAUCGGCAGCAUUGCCCACCCCUAUGAGUGCUGCCACCCAUCCCUCACCCUGCAAGACGCCGCCGUGAGUAAUGCAUGAGACACGCAGCACAGCACACCACAGCACAGCACGACAGAAAUCGCGUUUGUUUAUGUGUGUGUGUGCAGGGCCAGUACACGCUGAGGCUCCGCUCGCCCUGCUUCAUGUGCACGAAGAGGAGCCCAUAUUGCUGCCAAAAGAUCAACUACAGACUGGAAGAUGCCAACACGGGGGACUCUGUGGCACAUCUCGUCCACGGGGGCCAUCGGCCUCUUCGUGUGUGCUGAGGAUCAGGUGUCUGCAGGGCAUGGACAUGGCUGUGGCGUGGCAGUGCUGCCCGAAGCACAUGGGGGGCCGCCGGUGGUGCUGCAGCUCGAGGCCAAGCUGUGAGUGAUGGGUCACUAGCUACUGUGACCAAGGGAGUAGAGAGAUGUGGAAGGCACAGACUCUGAGGCGAUGCGAUGGGGUGUGGGACAUCGCGUACGUCCAUCGGAUC